AUGAAUGAUAUCAAACAAAAACGACCAGGUGGAUUUGCCAUCGUAAAGCUCCUUAUUCAACAUGAAAUUUUAUAUCUUCACGAUUAUCCCUUGCUUAAAAGCAAACACCCUGAGACACAGAAGUCAAGAAAUUAUUAUGAAGCCUCCAAACAAACUCAUAAAAACUUUAAAAUCAUAUCGGAUUACAAUCGAUUACGCUUCGUCUUCUUCUUCUUAUGCUUUUACUUCGCUCUUUCUCUUCACAAAUUCUUAUUGAAUAAAAAAGGAAUUGUAGGAGAACCAAAUGUUCAACGAUGGAAUGAAACUGAAUAA